UACAAUAAUUUAUAGUGUAAAUAAAAUGUUUAUUAAAUUACAAAGUAUAUGUAUGCAUUACGCGCUAAUAAAAGUUUUAAUAACACCAUGUAAAACAUUGUAUUCAUAGGUUACAAUUAAAUGACCUUUUAGUGUUCAUAUUUACACAUUUAUCUUACACAAUUUUAUACGUAGGUAGACUUUCCUUUGUUUAGUUUUCAACAUCAUGCGUGACAAACGCGAAUUUAUAAAUACGCUUUGUUUUAUAUUAAUAUGUGUGAUAUCGCAAGUGAUUGUUUUCGUCUUUAUAUUUUUUUCAAAUGUGUCAACAAUGCGAUUAGAUCAAGUAGUUAUACUAAGCAGGCAUAAUGUAAGAACUCCUUUGUCAAAAAACCUUGGCAGAAUGACCCCACAGCCUUGGCCACAUUUUAAAGAAAGACCUGGAUAUCUCACUGAAAAAGGUUUUGUAUUAGAAGGAUAUAUGGGUAGAUUUUUUUUCAAUUGGUUGCAUAAUGAAGGCGUCAUAUCUAAAAGUUGUCCAACUGAGGAAGAAUUCUAUGUAUAUGCAAAUUCAAUGCAAAGAACAUUGUUCUCUGCACAAGCAUUUAUUAAUAAUGCUUUCCCAAAUUGUAAUAUAAUAGUGCAUCAUACUGAUGUAAAUAAAACAGAUCAAAUUUUCAGUCCAAUCAUACAUAAUUCUUCAACAAUUUUUAAAGAUAUUGCUCUGAAAGAAAUGAAAAAUGUUUUAGAUAAUUUAAAUUUAGAACAAUCUUAUAAGGCCAUGGAAAACAUUCUCAAUUAUGAAUACUCUGAUUUUUGUAAACAAGACAAAGAAUGCGACAUGGCUACAGAUAAAAAUAAAUUAGAAAUAUUGGUGGGCAAAAAGCCUAAACUAUCAGGACCUUUAAAAAUAUGUAAUGAAGCCAUUGAUUAUUUUUUAAUGUCGUAUUAUAAUGGAUUUCCUAUGGAAGAUGUUGCUUGGGGCAAAUUAAAUGACAUUGAAAAAUGGCACUCAAUUUUAGACCUUACUGCUGGUUAUCAUAAUGUUACUUUUAACACCACCCAUGUUUCAAAAGAUAUAGCAAGACCACUUCUAAAAUAUAUGACUAACAUAUUAAUCGAUAAAAAAUCAAAUGUUGUCUUAUUAAUGGGACACGAUGCAAAUAUUAAUGUAAUUUUAAAUGCAAUGUCCUUUAAAUCAUACAAUUUACCGGAUAGCUUUGUUUCGACGCCAAUUGGCGGCAAAAUUGUUUUCCAGAAGUGGUUUAAUAGAGCAUUAAACAAAUAUUUCCUUAAAAUAAAUUAUGUUUAUCAAACAAAUAAACAGCUGAGAGAUGGUGACAUAUUAUCGCUUAAAAGUCCGCCAAACUUUGCUUUGUUAGAAUUAAAAUAUUGUGAAACAGAUAAUAACGGUUUUUGUCUUUGGGACGAUUUUAUUCGAUUUUUAAAUAAACUUUAACAGACCAAAAUAAUGAGACUAUCAUCUGAUUAAAAUAUAAUAGUCUAUAUUCUUAGGUU